GUUCGACCAUCCGGUGCGACGACUACAACUACUCCCGUCAGAGUCCCGGGGCCGAGGGGGGCGAGCGCGAGCGACUCCAACGUCAACGUGCGUUGUCCGCCCAUCUGACCAAUCAGCGAGCGGCGAGAGAGCUCCACGCUGGCAGCGCAGCCCCUUCCCCGGCUGAGCAUCGGGCGGAAGACCCUGGUGGCAGCUGCUGUGGGGGUCAUGCUGGUCCUGGUUCUGGUGGUCCUCAUCCCUGUGCUGGUCAGCUCCGCCGGCACGGGUGGCACAGACGACAGUGCGAGCCACUUCGAGAUGCUGGGCACCUGCCGCAUGGUGUGUGACCCCUUCCCCAGCACGGGCACGACAGGCACGGGUGUGCACGUGGGCACAGACACAGCGACCCCAGGCCUACAAGUGGGAGACGAGGCAAACCUGAGCGAUCACAGCAUCGGCCCGCCCUUGCCUACCUACAGUGCGAAUGGCCCCCAGGGCAAACCAGGACGUCCUGGCAAGCCUGGACCCCCGGGACCCCCUGGAGAGCCAGGCCCUCCAGGACCUAAGGGACCACCGGGAGAUGGAGUGGACAUAGUACGGACAGGGAUAUUAGGUUUAGGGGGUAAAGGGGUAGGCAGCACAACCACCUACAACACGACGCCUCGGGCAGCUUUUUAUGCAGGACUACGAAACCCUCAAGAAGGUUACGACAUUCUGCGGUUUGAUGACGUGGUGACCAAUAUUGGGGGUAACUAUGAGGGCGCAACGGGCAAGUUCACCUGUAAGAUCCCUGGCACCUACUUUUUCAUCUACAAUGUGCUGAUGAGGGGAGGAGAUGGCACCAGCAUGUGGGCUGACCUGAUCAAGAAUGGUCUGGUCAGGGCCAGCGCCAUUGCCCAAGACCAGGACCAGAGUUAUGACUAUGCAAGCAACAGUGCCAUCCUUCAUUUGGAUGCAGGUGAUGAGGUUUUCAUAAAACUGGAUGGCGGCAAAGCUCAUGGGGGCAACAGCAACAAGUACAGCACCUUCUCAGGGUUCAUUCUCUAUGCUGACUGAGGACCGGGCAGGACGUGGGCUCAGAGGUGAAAGGUCACAGCCAGAAGACAUUCAGUUCCUGACUUUCACUUGGCUCUCACGGGAAGAUUCAUGUUGCCCUUAGCCACUGACUCACAAUCAGAUUGUUGUUGUUGUUGUUUUUUCUUUUACACAUGUACGAGGUGGGGACUGCUGUAGUGUUUAAGGCCUGUGUAUCUGUGGCUAUCGGUGACUGUCUACCACCUCAUCCAUACGUUCUGUGGUAUACAGGGUGCCUGUGCCGCUAUUCAGAGCACGACGCGGGCGACGACACAGUGUCAGUCACUGCCAUGUGUCACGCUGAGGUGCCGUAACACUCCUGACAGUGCCGAUGCCUCACCUCAUUUCUGAGCUGUCAUUUCACAUUCAAGUCUGGAAACCCAACAGUCGUGGCGGCUGCAGUGUUUGUAAAUGUGCCGUUUUUAAGAUUCAUGUUGCCACUGCGUUUUCUCAUGCUGUACGUACGAUAAGAUGUUGUACCUCAAAGACCGUGGAGAGAUGUUUUGCCAAAAGAAACGCGAGUUGUUGAACGCCACGAUGAGAUAAUGAUUGUUUUGAAUGGCAGGCGGUGUCACAAGAUGUAUUGUGUCUCAAUGUGAUGAUUUGAAAAAUAACGUCAUAUCAGCCCAUUAUAUUUGGCAUAAUGUUUGUGUAUAACCUGUAAAUUUGAUAUUAUAUCUUGGUGUCUGAACACAGUUAAAGUAGUGUCGGUGCUGCACAUUCAUUUCAUUGUGUCUGUUAAAAGGCUAUAGCUGUUGAUAGAUAGUUGUUCAAUUAUAUCAUGUAAUUGUUUUCAAUGUGCUGUUAUUUGAUUCAUGCAUGCAACAUCUGUUAAAAUGUUCUGUAUGCUUCCACAAAUGAUAGAGCGAGCUACAGUGAUUUAAAACUAAAGUUUAAAUAACUCGUGUGGGCUUAAGGAGCAUCUGUUGCUGUUGCUUUUACUCUAAAUGUCCAUGGUUUUUCAUUAAAAAUGGUCUUUUUGCAUUCA